AUGGAAGACAUACCGCAGACCGACUGCUCAGCGCGGACCGACCGCGAAGUUAGGUCUUCUCCUCCCCCCUCUUUUGCUAACAGCAGUACGGAUGAUAAGCCCCAGCGGUCCGGCCAACCGCUGAUGGGGUUCUUCCGACCAGCAGGCGAUGUAUCAUCGUCGUCAGAGUCAAGUCCCACGUCCAACAGCAGCUUCGCCCGGCAGCUUGGCGAGCUCGUGCACCUCACUGCGGAUUUCGAGUCAUUUAUAAAGGGUUUUGAUGCUAAGGCUGCCGUGCGACCCUUUGGAGAUGACGGCGGUCCGGAUGGUGAAGACGUGAGUGCUGGGACGGAGACGGUCAGAAAAGUCCAAUUCCUUCUACAGUAUGGAGAUUACGCUGGUGUUAUCUGGAACUGUCUGCGCAGGAUCUCUCGUCUUUCCCUCAAGUCUUUGCCAGACUCUGUCGCCUCAUUUGAGCGAGAUCUUGAAAGGGAAGAUGGCCAGAAUUCCAACGGAGAGGGGGAGAUGACGAGUCUCCUGAGGGAUCUGGUCAUCAGACUCCGACAGGAUGAUGCUCGAAUCGACUAUAGGAUGGCAAGGGCGGCAAUUCGCGUGUAUGCGGACAGAAAUCAACUUUGCCACAACGUACGAGUUCGAAGAGCCAAUUCCGCGGACAUCAUCUAUGAUGCUCGUGAGGUCGAACGUCUGUUGCCCGAUAAGUUGAUGAAUGACCGUGUCACCUGGGAACGAAUCGCCAGGUCGUGCGCAGACCUCAAGGCAUGGCUGGAUCGUACACGCCUGCCUGAUCAGUUACAGUUCCGGAACGUCAUGCCUACCUCUAUACAGCAGAAGGAGUUUAAGCAAGAGCUCGACCGAGGCUUGCGCAAAGACCGGCUGGACCAGAUGUACGGCAAAGACGGAGAGGCGAAGAGGCUGAAGCAGCCCUGUUCCCGGCCGGACAGAGCACAAUCAGAUCCCGUCCCUUACGUGCCAACGAUGGACCCAGUUUACUCGCCAUCGCGCCGUUAUCGACCCGUCCCCGCUGCAGAUGGGACAGCACCCCUUUCUCCCGUAGAGUAG